AGCAUCGAUUCCUGUCGAGGCUGUCGACCAAGAUUUAAUUUUGGCGCGAUUUUAAUCGAAAUGCCACGAUACGAUACGAGACGUGCAGGCGCAUGCGUGCUGGACUGCUGGUGUGAACGCGUGUGCGCGUAAUGGCGGACGACAGCAAAAAGUUGUUUGGCGGUUUGUCGGCAUAUCUAUCGACUUUUGGAGGGAGAGAUUUUACUGGACAUACAAACCGCAUUUUAAAUUUUUUGUUCAUUUAUUCUCUUGCAACUAAUUGGAAUUUUUGUGGCAAACGAGGUGAGAAAAAGGCUUUUAAAAACUUAAACGUAAAGGAUGUGAUUAUUGGUGCUGUAAGAAAAAGCUCCCCUCUAGUCAGUCAGAAAGAAAUAGAAGAUACCAUCAAGGUGUGGUUGAAACAUGCACCAGAGAAAUUGAAAAAGCAGCAGCAUGGCAACCCGUAAGAAAAAAAGUGUUGUUAGUCAAAGACAACUCUACAGAAGGGUGGCAGAAGCAAAUUUAGCACCUGUGAGUCAGAAUUGUUAUAAUACAUCUUUAAUAGUUAAUAAUGAUUCCAAUGAAUCAUCAAAUUCCGUUUUUUUUUGCUGGUUCAAUGUGUGAAAGUGAAAAUGACACCUGUUCCUCAAGAGAUUUAGAUUUUAAUGUAAACUCGCCUAAUGAAAAUUUGCUCUUCAAUGAUGCGACGUUAUACAACCAUUUGACUUCCUAUUCCAGUAACGUGCCCCCUAACGAUUUAUUUUCUAAUGAACCGCCGCCUAGCGAUUUGCAUUCGAAAUUGUCAAACUGGGCAGCUUCAAGGUACGUUCGACGUACAGUAGUUACUCAUCUCUUGCAUUAUCUCCACCAUUUAAAAUCGUUAGUUCAGUCUCCGAAUAAACCGUUACAACAGAUUAAUAGACGCUUAAAAGAAAUUGAAAUGACAGUGUACGAAAAACAUGACUCUACUUCACCUGAUGAUGAACACUUCUGUAAAUGUGAAUUGUCCCAUUUCUUAGGACCAACGCCAAAUUUCUCUUGCAAGCAGUAUAAAAAGCUUCAUUAUAAAGAUUUUAUUUUUUCUAUUGCAUCAUAUUCAGAAGCAAAUUGUUUUUGUCUUACCUUAGAAGGACUGGUUUUCAAAAUAGAAAAUGUAGUGGAUAAUAAUGGAGCAGUUUUUAUAUUAGGUAGGAGGUUUCAGGAUUACCGUUCAUUUUACAAAUACCCUGUCGACUCAAAAGAAUUUAUCCAAAAUUUAUCAGAGUAUAUCGAGUUAUUGCACUGCCACAAAGUUUUUUCGAAAUGUAUUGUUUUUCCUUUCAAGCAGGAAUGGUUGUCAUUUUCAUUAUUGCAUCAUUAGUAAUUCCUUAUUUCAACUUUUAUGUUCUAUAAGUGUAAUAGUAUGUAGUUUUUUAAGAUUUUGUAAUAAACUGGUAUUAAUUUGAA